AUGGUUUUAAAGAUCCCAAACCCAGACAGACUCUUGCAGCAGUGGACCUCAGGUAGAAUACAGGCAGGAGACAGGAAGGCAGACCUACUUCCUUAUAUUUCUGUAGUCACUCAGUGCAUAAAGGAGGAGGUUACUGUACCCUCAGAUAAUGACAGUGGGAUUUGUAUGAGCCCAGAACUGUACCUGGGCUCUCUGCAACCCAGCCCCUCCACCUCUGGGGACUCUCCAAAUAGGAGCGUGCUGUCUUCACCUACCUUUGGUUCUGCUCAGCCUAAACCAUAUGGUCCCAUUGGAGAGAAGGUGGUAGCAGCUAAAGUAAAGGAAGAGAAAUGUGAUGAGAAACUGAAAAAAAUGGAGCAGAACAAGACAGCAGCCACUAAAUAUCGCCAGAAGAAGAGGGCAGAGCAGGAGGUCCUGGCUGGGGAGUGUAAAGAACUAGAAAAGAAGAAUGAGGCUCUGAAAGAGAAGGCAGACUCCCUGGCCAAGGAGAUCCACUAUCUGAAAGACUUGAUAGAGGAGGUCCGCAGGGCCAGGGAAAAGAAAUAG